AUGUGCAACUGCAAUUUGCUCGCCCUCACAGGGUACAAAAGUUUCAAGGACGCAAGAACUUGUCUAAUCUACGUUGUUUAUUUGUCUUCAUUAUUUUCUAAUUCAGAAGUUACGAUUGAGAGAAAUCGACACUACUGCUGGGCGCUGGCUGCUUUUGAUACCUGCAACUCCUCUUUCGCUCCACCGCUGCUCUUCUUUGCCGUAUCCUGUUUCCAUGAUCCAAUGAAGAAUCAUAUGUGUAAUCACAAGAACUUAAUCCAAUUGCUAUCACCAUCGGCACAGUUUGCUCAUCAGGAAAAUGAACAACAUAUAUUUCAUCGAAUACAAUGGAGAUAUCGACAAAAAGCCCUAAAAAUAGAUGAACAAAGAAUCGCUACUAACCCUGACUAUCUUUUGAAGGAGGUUCCCACUUUUGUCUCUAUAAAUGUGAAUAGCUUAUUGGAAGACAUGAACUGCAAUGCAGUGGUCGGUGUAAAAAGCGGUGGUCGUCAAGUACCGAUUUUCCCAAGCAACUGCACUAAAAAUCCAACAGAUUAG